AUGAAAGCAAUUGAUCCAAAGAAUGGUGAUAUCGUAGCAAUUAAGAGGGUUAAAGUAUUCAAUUCAUCACAAUCACUUCCUCAAUCAUUCUAUCGCGAAACUUCAAAUCUUCAGCACCUUAAACACGAGAACAUUAUCAAUUUACGAGAAGUAUUUCGACCAUCUAACAGUAAUGUUCCAUAUAUGGUAUUUGAUUAUUGUGAGUUUGACUUAGAUGGUCUGAUUCACAACAGAUAUUCAAAUGGUCUUGAUAAUAAGACAGUCAAAUCUUAUUUCAAGCAAAUAUUGACAGCAGUCAAAUUUUGUCAUGAUAAUAACAUUAUACAUAGAGAUCUAAAACCAUCUAAUAUCUUUGUUACACGUGAUAACGUUGUAAAACUUGGAGAUUUUGGAUUAUCACGUGAUCUUUCAAAAGGCAGUCCACGUAUGACUCUCAAUGUAGUUACUCCAGGUUAUAGAGCUCCAGAAUUAAUCUUAGGCAACAGUGAAUACGAUACAUCUUCAGAUAUUUGGUCACUUGGAACAAUUCUCUUUGAAAUGAUUACUGGUGUACCACUUUUCAAGCCACUUACAUCAUCAGAUAUCUCACAAUUGGCUUCAAUUGUCUUUGUGAUGGGAAAGCCAAAUCCAGAUGAGAUUUCUCCAAAGUGUGCUAAUUCCAACAUCUUGAACAUGGUUAGCAGAACAUCAGGUGUUCCAUUUGAAGAUUUCCUUCGUGAAAAUCUUCAAGGCGAAGCAGCUGCUGCUAUUCCUCUCAUCUUCUCUAUGCUCAGGUAUAAUCCUGAAGAGAGAAUUUCGAUUGAAGAAGCUUUGUGCUCUUCAUUCUUUGAUGAUGAGGACAUGUUCAAACUUCCGCAGAUUCCAUUUGCGGAAACUCAUUCUAUUAAUAUCCGUAAUGAUUACGCCACCAUCUGUGCACCUGUAAUCUCUUCACCAAUGAGACCAUUAAGAGUUCAAUUGGUUCCAAUUUCAGUUGCUUAA